UCACAUGCCCUGAUCAGCCGAAUUCUCCUCAUAGCGCUGCUCUGCUCCCCCAGCCUGCCAUUUACACCCCAGCCUAUGGAUUUUAUCCAACAUUACUCAUGCUCAGAGCACACCGGCUGAAAUGAAUGCACCUGAUUAACUAGAAGGUUAAAAAAACUGGGAAAUUUGUAGCUCCUUUGCAAAUGUUCUACAUUGCAGUAGUAGGAAGGCCAGGUUCUGGGUAGUCCUCUUCCAUCAAUGCCCCGCUGCUUAAAUGCAGACGACUCAGGUGCUGCUGAGACUGGCACAGAGGCAACAACAGCAGAGGUGAAGGAUUACUUCCAUGGGAUGCUUCCACAGGUGAUCCUUUGGGACUUCCCAGAAAAGGCAGCAUCCCCGCUGGCCACCGGGCUGCUUGGACUCUGGCCAGGAAUGCGGCUUCGGCUGUUUGUUGCGAUCUUAUCUCAUCCUCGCUGGUUACCUUCGCUUUCUUUUUUGCUUUUAGUGGUGUGAAGAUCAGGAGGAAGAGGGUAUAAAAGAGAGGCACACAAUGAGAGAAGGUAAGAGAAAAGCGCCAGAAACCUCGAAGCAAAACCUCCGAGAAGACGACUGAGCUUGGCUGCAAAAAAUCGAUCUGGCAGCAGAUAAACUGAGCCACAAGGAAUCACUGCCAUGGAUCCUGCCAUAACAAUAGAAACCUUAAAAAAAGACCUUGCUGAAAUGAAGUCUGCUUUGGAGAAAAACCCAUUUGAAGCUGUUUCAGCUGAAGCUCAACAGCAGUCAAAUUUGUUAAAUAAUAUCACCUUGACAAUUGCCAUCACAGGAAGAUCAGGUGCUGGGAAAUCAUCUUUUGUCAAUGCCCUGCGAGGAAUGGAUGAUCAGGAAAAGGGUGCAGCUCUGACUGGGGUGACAGAAACAACAAUGGUGCCACAAGAAUAUUCACACCCCACAUUCCCCAACUUCAAAAUUUGGGAUCUACCAGGAAUUGGAACAGCUAAAUUUAGUGCAAAGGAAUACCUAACAAAGGUCAGUUUCAGCAAUUAUGAUUUUUUCAUCAUCGUCUCCUCGGGACGCUUCACUGAGGAUGACACCAACUUGGCUCUUGAGAUCCAGAAAAAUAAGAAGAAAUUCUACUAUGUGCGCAGCAAAGUGGAUAUCGAUAUAGAUAAUGACAGGCGGUCAAAAGGCAUCGAUGUGGGGGACACCCAUGAGAUGAUGCAGUCUGAGAAGGAAACUCUUGACACUUUACGGAAAGAAAGCUAUGAUAAUUUGAAGGCGUUAGGUGUGUCUUCUCCAAGGGUCUUUCUAAUAUCGAGGUGGGAUUUGAGCAAGUAUGAUUUCCCCCUGCUUCAAGACACUAUUGAAAAGGAACAGGAUGAAAUCAAGAGAGAUGUUUUAAUUAUGUGUCUUCCGAUUUUAACAAAAGAUAGCAUUAAAAAGAAAAAGGUUGCUAUGGAGAGCCUGAUAUGGAAAAAAGCCCUGGUGAGUUGUUCUGUUGGGUUGAUUCCUCUCCCAUUCCUCUCGCUUGGCUGUGACGUUGGCAUUGUGGCUUGGACAAUGAGGGAGAUCUGCAAAGUUUUUGGCUUGGAUGAAGAUUCCCUCAAUAUACUAGCAAAUCGUGUGGGGAAACCCGUUGAGGAGUUGAAAUCUGUUAUUGAACAUACCCCAAGCACCGAUAAGAUCACGGCAGAAUUCGUCAUGGAUCUCUUGAAGAGGUCAGCAAUGUGGGGAGCAAUCACAGUGGUACAGCUGGUUCUGUAUUUCAUACCUGUGUUGGGGUCUCUCUAUGGAGGGGGCAGUUCUUUUGCUAAGACAUUCUGCUUGCUGAAGAAUUUCCUGGAAAACGCUGUGAAAGAUGCAGAGAAAGUUCUGGCAAAGGCUGCUGAGCCCAAGAGACGCAAGUAAACAGCCAAUACAUCUACCUGGGAAGAGA